GUCGCGUCCGGUCGUCCGGCAAACAUGCCUCGAUCCUUUCUGGUCAAGAACAAGAAGACGCCGUGGAAGAGCCGCGGCCAACACCACCGCCUCUCCUCGGAAAGGGCCCUCAUCCCCCGGACGGAAUCACGUUACGAUUGGCCCACCCCUGCUCCUUCUCUACCCCUCCAUCUGGGAUCCGAACUCUCCUUCGAUCCGUGCGGGGCCUUCCUCCUACGUUACCUAGUUCGAGGUCUACAUUCGUCUUCUCUCCCCCUCGAUCAUCUUCGAAGGCCCACUUCGGAGGGUGCCGUCUCCGCGCCCCUUAUUCGGCCCCCUUCUCCGGAAACUUUUAUAGAAGAUGCGCAAGUUCCUCAGUGCGUCAGUCCGUCCACCAGAGAAAACACUCCCCUGGUCGACGGUUCGAGCCCCGUCGGCCGUCGGCCCGUUUCCGAUUACUCGAUAGAGGCCCUGCUGAACCCGAGUCGUAAGGAAGAGAUGGCCGAAACGAUGGAGUCGGAGGUCCCUCGCAGUAAAGGGGUGCUGAGAGAAGAGAAUGCCAACGUCGUCCCUGCCCUCCUGUUCGCUUGCGCCGAUUGCGGAAAGACUUUCGGCACUGCCCACGGACUGGAAGUGCACACUCGCAGAUCGCACGGCGGUCAGAGGCCCUUCGCCUGCCUUCGCUGCAACAAAACUUUCGGACACGAAGUCAGCCUGGACCUACACAGGGCCGUACACAACAACGAAAGAAGUUUCGAGUGCAAACAGUGCGGCAAGAGCUUCAAGAGAUCGUCCACUCUGUCCACCCAUCUGCUGAUUCACUCGGACACCAGGCCCUAUCCUUGCCAAUACUGCGGAAAGAGGUUCCACCAGAAGUCCGACAUGAAGAAGCACACCUACAUCCACACAGGCGAGAAACCCCACAAGUGUACCGUCUGCGGUAAGGCCUUCAGCCAAUCGUCGAAUCUGAUAACCCACACACGCAAGCACACCGGAUUCAAGCCCUUCGCCUGCGACGUAUGUCCCAGGGCCUUUCAACGUAAGGUGGACUUGAGAAGACAUCGAGAGACGCAACAUCGACUCUGCACCCCCGUCGAAUAUCCCGGAAGGGAGGCGUGCGCCGAAGAUCUUCGUCCCAGUUCUCGAGUCUCCCCCGGGGUGGACGUGGACUGAUUUGUACGCGUCUACCCGUUGUACUGUACAUAGUCUUAAAAGUGUAUUUUCGUGUUGCAAAUAAUAAAAGAAAAGAAAAAAAAAAAAAAGCCCUCAUCGGCUCUGGUUUCUCUGCGCAUCUUCCACGAAAUUCUUGG